CGAACAACAACGAGGACUCAGGCGCUAGUAAACGCUGAGAGAAUGUGACAACCAGGUAUUCUACUCUUUCGUUUUAAACAAGCUUAACCCACAUGCAAAUGGCGACUCGAAAGCAAACAACUGAACAGGUAAACAGCUAAUACGUGGUUUUCACAAAAAAGGCAUUUAAGACUUACGAUUGAUAGGCUGGAUAGGCAAAACCCAGGCAGGUCACAAUCAAAUCUGCUCCAUAGCCAAACACAAGAUAAAGGGCGAAUAUACCAACAAGACCUAUAAGUGCAAGAACAGCAUGGUCAGAGGCGAAGGGACGGAGACUCGUCCAAAAUGCGUUAGAGUAUCUACAAAUUACCGAGAAAUAAAUAAAGCCUUUUCACUCCAGUCUUCUUCUCGAUUUUAUCUAAGACAUCGGUAAAGAAAUUCUUCUCGUGAAGCCAAUUAUCGAGCUUUUCUUUGCCCGUAUUUAUACUCUCCGUAGCCGACAUUUUUGCAAAUUACAACGGAAUUACUUAUUCCAAGGCGGGUUUGCGAUAAACCAUGUAUUCCUCCAAGGGACUGGUCACAUGACUUGUUCAACCAAUCGGCGUUGUGUUCAAUACAUGACUUAAUCAGUCACGUUCUGUUCACGUUCAGGCAAAUGGUUGUUUAUUUUCAGGGCACCAUUUCAAUAUCAAGAAAAAAAAGUGUAGUUUAAAAUCGCGCACUGUCUUCCUUCCAGGACUUACGAUAGAGGUUGAUUACUAAUAAGUAUCUAAAAAUCGUUCUCUUACUUGCACAAAUGUUCCCCGAAACGCGAAUGUUGUGUUACACCCGUCCUCACCUCACGUAUUGACAUAAUUUCUUGGCUUUUCCCCAUCCUAGCAACUGAUCAAUGAUUAUUCAGAUGUGCAGGCAAAGCUAUACUAAUGCGCUUUGUUUGUAUUAUUUUGAUACAAAAUAAGAAUUUAAGUGAGGUGAUAUGUCCGACCACGGCUAUUAAAAACUCAGUAGAAAAAUAUAUUGUGAGCCUGUUUUUGGCAGCAAUCCAGAUCAAGUACCAGAGCGAAACUAGGCAAAUUUCGAAUACGUCCUUAACUUAUUUAAAGGAUCUUUAUACUCAAUGAAGUAUGUACUUCGAAGUUAUGACGUCCGCAGCGAUAAUUUCAAGACGAAAACUCUUGCCUCAAAACUUGAAGGAAUUUUCGCCACGCUAGAGUCACGAACUAGCCGACUGUGGCAGGAAAUGGACAAUCAUUGUUACUCAGUUACUAGUAAUUAACAAUUUCAAUAACUAACCAGCGGGUAUGGGAUUUUUCUUCGCCAAUUCCUUUCCCUUCUCUAUAUACGCUUUUAGCGAGUCCGCUUCUUGUGUUGUAUCAUUUGAAACUUGUGCGUUCGUUGUAGCAUCUUCCAUACUUUCAUGUACAAGUUCGCUGGCCAAAUACCGGUGUGCGGAGAUCAGGAAUUUCGUUUGCGACGAUCGUUAGCUCUGCCGUGACUUUCAGCCAAUCAUGACACCCGCGGACAUGCGCAUGCGGAGUACCUACUUACCUUACUUCUGCAACAGGUUUACUCAAUAAAGAAUCUGUUUCAAGUUAGAUUCUGAUAAAAGCUUCUUAUUUUUUUUUUCUGGGGAAAUGAUCGAACCUCUCAGGUGCACAGCUAAUUUAUCCGGCUGGCCUGGGCUGACCUAGGAUACGACAAUAUUUAAAUAAAAGAUACCUUCCUCACUUUCCCGUAAAUUUUCUUUCAGUUUCAGUAGUACCUAUGUAAGAAUGGCCAAUCAAUCAUUGAAACUAUUAAGAUUUUUUGUCUUUUAUAAUUCAGACUAGCCUCCUGGACUAGUUUUCAUUUUUUUUUUCUUCCUAGUGCAUGGUUUGUACCCAAGAAGAGUUUGCUAUCAUAAAAGACUGGGAACUAAUCAGGAUAAAAUCCAAAAUGGUGUUCGACAGGCUAAGAGGAAUCGAACGAGAAAAUCUCCCUCUUUCGCGGCAACAAACCGUUGAUGACCAGGAAUCUCUAGCACAACAAAAUAUUUUAUCAUCUGUUAAUGGAAAGACACCAAAAGAGCAUCAGAUAGGUGAGUUACCAAGCUGUUAACAUGAAAACUUAGCCGAUAUGCUAAACUGUCAACGGCCUUACGUUUGUGACUUUCAGGAACUAAGAAAUAUAUGUUAUGUAACUACUUACAAUUUACCGAUACCGUUGUGGUUAUUGCUAUAAUUAAUCUAAAAUGAGUAGAAAAUGGUUUUAAUAGCGUAGCAGAGACUCUGUACAUCAUCGUUAGAUAUAUGCACGAUGGAGCAUAAGAAAUAAACUUGUUUGAAUUAGUAACAAAAUAAUCGUUAUUGGGUUUAGAACAAUUUGUCUCUUUUGGAGUGCUCUAGAUUGUUGAGAAUUCUGCUCUGCCUGUUUUAUUUUCCUGUUUGAUGUGUGGUGCUCACUACUCACGAUUACAAUAGCUGUUUUUGUUUUAUUUUUAUUAUUUCUUGUCAUGGAACUUAAACUGCCCUUCUUACAUGCUGAGCUUAAUUUGCCAUCGACUGAAAGAGGAUGGGGGGUGGGGGAGGGGGAGUGGAAGCAUGGCUUGGGAGAAUAAGAUACAAUUUUAUGGGUGUGAGAGGUAGGGUGAUUUAUACUUAGAAUAGGGGUAAGGAACAGUGUUCUCCACAAACCCUUCAUCGAUAUAAUGCCAAGUAGUGGCAUGCCUAAGGUGCAAGAGGCAUUAAGGAGGGGGUAGACAGGAGGAGGUGUUAACAGUUUGAAGGUAAAUGAUUCAAGCUUAACACUUGAAGUUUAUGGUAAAAGUUGGUAAAUUGUCUACUUUCAUCGGUUAGUUGACACCAUUAGCAGUUCUUGAAUAUUUGCUUUUUCCUUUGUAUGAUUUGUGGUGUAGUUGCUCAUUUGUAACACAAUCAACAAAUUUAUAUGGUUAAUGUAUUUCUAUUUUUCAUCUUUGCAGAAAGCACACAAAGACUUGUUGGUUUUGCAAUUGGUACUGGGAGGUAGGAUGGAAGAAUCCCUCUGAGAAUUUUCUUAACUGGUUACUAUUUGUGAUCUGUCUCCUUAUGAGUGUAUUGUUUCUCUUAGUAUUCUUGCUGCACAGUUUCUGACACAUCCAUUUACAGUCUUCAGGAGACAGUGUCAGGUAUCUUGUGCUUGCAUUAAUUGUUCUAUGAAUAAAUUCAAUAAUGUUGACUGUAUAAUGAUAAGUAAAACGUGGUCAACUGUGGGUUGAAAAUGAGAUCCUCAAGCAAGUCUUAUGAUGACAAACAUUACAAGAGGUUUGUUUAUCCCAACAUGAAGUUGGCUUUUAGAAAAUGGUAUCCUUGUUGGAAAGCCUGCUUGUUAGAAUUUGCACAGGGAAACUUUGAAAUUGGGUUUUUUGUUAUAAAAAUUACUUGAAUGCAAGGAUUAGCACCUCUGUCUCUGCCUCAGUGGCAUAUCAUUAUGAUAUCAUACUUUACAUUUAGUCAGUAUCUGUUUUAAUUCGUUUUAGCAAAAAAUUAGUAGAUCUGUUGAACAAGGACAACCAGAUGAGAUAUUAAGCCAGUCUGACUAAGAACAGAACAUCAAAUGAAUCUAUUUUUGAUGGUGCCACAAAUUGAGAACUAUUCUGUAUUGUUUUAUUGAGUUUUUCUUCACCAGGUAAAUCAUGGUGCCAGAAAAUACCACUUAGCACCCUUCACUGUGUUCCAAAUCUUGCUUCGUGUGAGAAGAAGUCAGGUGAGAUUAUUAAUUUUAUAAUGUGAACAUAAAAUUGGAAAAAUCUACUCUGAGGCUGUGGUUAUAGAUGCUUGAUAAAGACCAAACCCCUGUAUUUAAAUUGAAAUGAUCAUGAUUGUGAUUGAUGCUGUCAUUUUAGGGUUAUGGUGCUUUGUGGAAGGGUUGUGGUAGUACCUAUGUUGUGUGUGCUGUCAAUUUCUUUGGUGAAGCAGCAGUGAGCAGCCUUACUCAUCUACCUUAGUAAGUCACAAGUAGAACUGUGUAAUUAGACAGAGUAAUUUUCAAUUGAGUGUUGAAAAUUGAUUGCUUUGGUUUUGCUUUACUUGGCUUUGGUCCUUUGGUUACUUGAGAGUUGUGCCACUUUGUCAAUCAGUCAAAUCCAAAACUGAAACCAGUCACAACAUAGCUGCUGGAUUUUUGCUUUGUUUCAGGGUGUUCAGAUAUUUUUUAAAUGAAUUGCGAAAAUUGGAAUACGGUCAAACAUAUACAAAGAGUUCAUGAAAGAGUCUGUAAAAAGCAUUGUUUGUCUUAUUAAGCAUCAUUUGGUAAGCCAUUCUUAACUGAAUUUUCACAUCAAUCUUUUUAGUGAAAAACCAGAGAGAACUAGUUCAUACAAAGAUGUUGGAGGCCAUCUUCUUUUGAAAGGGUAUGAAUGAGAUUAAGUGACUUCUAAAAUAGUUUUAUGAAAUGUGUGCUCUGUUUUACAAUUGACUGAUGGAGAUGAAAAGUAAAAUUAUACACCAUAAAUGAUGAGAUUAAAAGGAAUGAUUUAGGGAAGUCCAGUUAAUUAUCACUUCAAACACAGCAAUGAAACAGUCUCAGUAUCAUACCAUUGUCUCUUGGUCAUUUCUUGCCUUGCAGCUUUGUAAAUUUUUGGCCAUUUUUUUAUUGUUGAUUUCUGCACAAUGCAUGAACAUUCUCUUUGCUUUCAUUGGAGUUCUAUUUAUACCAAAUGUACCUUCAAGUUGGUGUCAUUUUUUUCUUGAUGUUUUGUAACAUUAUUGAAUGAUUUUACAGAUUAAGUUUGGCUCUUAGCAUGCCAGUGGCGGCAGCAAGCUUAACAGAAACAGUCAAGGUAAAUAUAUUAUCACAUCCUUUUUUUUUUUGGUCCUUCAUGUCACUAGAGGUUUUGCUAGCCUUCUUCCAUGUAAAUGUCAGUCUCAAAAAUUUAAGUUUGCUUUUCACAUCUAUCAGUGAUAUUGAACAAAAGAACUGCUGACAUCUACAACAGAUUUUAUGUUAAAUGUUGUCUUAUUUAUUGAUCGUCACUUGAUCAGCAAGUGGGCUAGGGAAAGGGGAAGAAUCUCCAACUUUCUGUACCCUGAUCACCUCUCUCCAUCUUUUAGUUCAAAAUCUUUCAGAUUACAGGUUAUCAUAAGUUCCUACAUACCACAAUCUCCACUCCCAUAUCCCAUACCUCUGCACUCAUAAACUCUCCUUUGCAACUUUCCUGUCCCCUGCCGUGGGUCAGCCAUGAUCAGCCAGUUUUUAAUAUGUUGGUGAUUUUGUUUGUUUCGUGGUCACAUUUUUGCACUCCUCCCUUGCUUUCCACCUGUUAAAAUGUCCAACUCUUAAGCCUUGUCUCUCUGUUCUCUUGCAUGGCAUCAGUCUUCUACUUUCAAGUGUUACAGUGUACCCUGUAUCCAUGUACUGAUCAGCUGUAACCAGCCAAGUUUAGGGGGCUGGUGCUUUUGUGUGUCAGUUAGGGAUGUUUAUUUAGCUCUCUUAGUGUAUCAGUGUACUUUGAUAUUUGAAAGUGAGGUAUGUGAUCUGAAUAUAUUUCUUGCUUUCUUUCAGAGUGACCUCACCCGUUACCAAGACAAUAUGUUUGACAGUUUAAAAGACUGGAUGUACCGCAUUGUAGGCUGGGAUAGAUCAUCAGGUCGUCAUGGUCGCCUCCUCCCCAUGUGGACCCUGGUGCUUCCCACAGUUCUUCAUGGCCUGCUUACCUAUGUCUUGGGUACAUUGAUUCAACACUUGGUAUUGAUAAAACUGAAGGGCAGGGGCAUCCACAAGUCACCCGACACAGACCCUACAUCAUCAGAUGAGGAACCGCCGGGCCCUACUGAUAUGACUCAUACUUAUUACCCAGAACUUGUGGCCAAUUUUUUAGCAUUUUUUAUCCCUGAGUUUUUGUUGUAUCCUUUGGAGACGGUUCUUAACCAACUGUAUGUCCAAGGCACUCGGACCAUCAUUGACGAUCUUGAUACUGGUACUGGUGUGGUGCCACUAUGUACAAACUAUGAUGGUAUGUUGGACUGUUUCCGCUCCAUCUGGCGGGAUGAAGGUCUUGGGGGUUUUUACAAAGGCUUUGGUGCACUGCUGAUUCAGCUGUUUAUUCACUGGCUCAUUCUAAAGCUGACUCAGUUUGUGUAUAAGGAAAUUUCCCAGGAUUUUAAAGGCAAAUAAUUCAUUGCUUGUGUGUCUUAAGAAAUGAAGAUCUUAAUUAACAAUAUCUUAAUAUUGGGGUCAUUCUUUGUACAGUUGAUGUCACACAGGAUUGUUAAGGGAUAUGUGUAGGACACUAUGAUCUUUGCAAUGAUUCCCUUGCUCUCCUAACUAUAAUUUAUCAGAAGUUUAACUAUUUUGGUAUGUUUUAACUGAACUUGAUCCUCUAUGGUUACUUCUGACUGUUAUUGCCUCAAGUGGAAAGAUAAGUUGGCCAAAAAUCGAG